AUGCCGCCAAUGAUAACCGCUGCCAAGAAGGCUCCUUCGCUGAAGCUGCUCAUAGUGAGGUUGAACGAUGUCCAGGCUUCCUUCAACGACAUCUGGCGUUUCGUGGAGGACUAUGAGGAAACGUCAACGGUUACGGAUGUUGACAUCCGUUUAGAGAAAAUUGAUGAACUGUGGGAGAAGUUUUGUGACACUUUAGUUGAGAUUAGGGCACAUGAGGAUUAUCUCGCGGAUGAGGAAUCAUACGAUAAGGAACGACAGGAGUUCAGUGAUAGAUAUUAUCGAGCCAAAUCAUUCCUCGUAGACAAAUCCAAAAGGUUGCAGGGUCCAUUGGUACUAGAGCAGUCCGUCCGAACAAACGAGUCAGUUGUUUUUGGUGCUGAUCGUGUGCGUCUUCCUCAAAUAAGUCUACCGUCGUUCAAUGGGGAUAUAGAUGAGUGGCUGAGUUUCCGUGACCUCUUCACUUCGCUCAUCCAUUAUAAAACUGAGUUGCCAGCAGUGGAAAAGUUCCACUACCUCAAGGGAUGUCUUCAGGGGGAACCGAAGAGCCUGAUAGACCCGCUGAAAAUUACGACGGCCAACUAUCAGAUCGCCUGGGAAAUGUUGUUGAAGCGGUUUGACAAUAGUAAACAGUUGCGGAAGCGUCAAGUUCAAGCACUGUUUCAUCUUCCAACAUUGACUAGGGAAUCGGUCAGCGAACUUCACACACUACUAGAGGGAUUCGAGAGGGUCGUGAAAAAUUUGGAUCAAGUGGUAGAACCAGAGGACUACAAAGAUCUAUUGCUGGUUCAUAUACUCACAGCACGACUCGACCCAGUAACACGUAGGGGCUGGGAGGAAUUCUCGUCGACUAAGGAACAAGACACGCUGUCUGAUUUAACGGAUUUCAUUCGGCGGCGUGUUCAAGUACUCGAAUCUCUUCCCAGUAAAUCGGUGGAUUCCAGAGGACCACAACAGUAUUCGAAACUAAGACCGGCGUCUACAAAGGCAAGUUACAGCAGCGUGCAAGGUUCCGAAGCACGUUGUGUGGCAUGUAAAGGAGAUCAUCCGUUGUAUCAGUGUCCAGUGUUUCAACGUCAAGAGGGUAGGACAUCAGGCGAAGGAUUGCAAAUCAAGGUUUUCCUGUCGGACUUGCAAGGGUCGUUGGUCUGCUUCAAGAUCGAUAGAGAAGGUUCCACGAAAGUUACGGUGGUCGCAAGGGGCAACCAUCAGCAACAUAGCAAGGAAACAAGGUCAUCGGCAUCAAGUUCAACACAAACAGCAAACGUGUCAACUAAAGCGGUUUGUUCUGCGCAGCAGUACUCAUCCCAGGUGUUACUGGCUACGGCUGUUGUCAUAUUGGUGGAUGAUAGCGGUCAGAGGUUCCCCGCCCGAGCAUUAUUGGACUCAGGGUCCGAAAGUAAUUUUGUUUCCGAACGGUUGAGUCAGCGGAUGAAUGUCAACCGAGAAAGGGUGGACAUAUCGGUUCUUGGAAUAGGACAAGCAGCGACUCAAGUCAAACACCGAAUUCGAGCGAUGGUACAGUCACGAGUUUCUGAAUACUGCCGAGACAUGGAUUUCCUAGUUUUGUCGAAAGUCACGGUGAAUCUUCCGACCUUGACGGUGAAUACAAAGGGGUGGUCGAUUCCAAAGGGCAUUGAACUGGCCGAUCCUGCAUUCUUCCAAUCCAAGGGUGUGGAUAUCGUUUUGGGUAUAGAAGCUUUCUUCGAAUUUUUUGGAACUGGUGGAAAGAUUUCGUUGGGUGAGAGACUGCCCGCACUGAAUGAGUCAGUCUUCGGCUGGGUAGUAUGUGGAGGCUUGUCGGUACCAAGUCAAUCCAUUCAGGUCAACUGCAACAUAUCCGCUUCGGGAAGUUUGGAGUCCUUGAUUGCUAGAUUUUGGGAAUGUGAAGAGAUUGGAUCAACAAAUCAUUAUUCACCGGAGGAAGUUCAAUUGGCUUUGCCCAAGGACGAUGGCGUUCUGAGCAGACUAGGGAAAUCCGAGGAAAUCGCACUACGUCGACUUCAGGGAACGGAAAGAAGAUUAUCACGCGAUUCCAACUUACGGGAUCAGUAUUUGGCUUUCAUGCAGGAAUAUCUUCGACUCGGUCAUAUGCGUAAGGUUGAAAAAGUUUCUGGUGAGGUUCAACGGUGUUAUUUGCCUCAUCACCCGGUAGUCAAGGAAGCCAGUACUACCACAAAACUACGGGUGGUCUUCGAUGCUUCGUGUAAAACCUCAACAGGAGUAUCGUUGAAUGAUGGAUUGCUGGUGGGGCCAGUGAUCCAAGAAGACUUACGAUCGAUCAUCAUUCGGUGCCGCACGAAACAGAUCAUGCUCGUUGCCGAUGUGGAAAAGAUGUUCCGGCAAAUCAACGUCUGUCCAAAGGAUAAAUCCCUGCAAUCUAUUUUGUGGCAUUUUUCUCCCGACGAUGAGCCGGAGACCUACGAGUUGGGCACAGUAACGUACGGUACUAAGCCAGCACCAUUUCUCGCUACUCGUACUCUCAAGCAGUUAGCCAUGGAUGAAGGCAGUCGUUUUCCAUUAGCAGCAAGGGCGGUGUGCGAGGAUGUAUACAUGGACGACAUCAUCACCGGUACAGAUGAAGUAGUGUCAGCAAUCGAGCUGAGGAUUCAACUCGACAAUAUGAUGAAUUCCGGUGGCUUUCACCUCCGGAAGUGGGCGUCAAAUCAUCCGAUGGUUUUGGAGGGAAUCGCAGAAGAUUCCUUAGCGAUUCGAGACGUGGAGCCCGAUCCGUCAGUGAAGACACUUGGCCUAACAUGGAUGACGAACACCGACACUUUCAGGUUCCAGUUCAACAUUCCGAUACUGGACACCAGCACAGGACUUUCCAAGCGAAAAAUUCUAUCAGUCAUUGCCACGCUUUUCGACCCUCUUGGUCUCUUGGGUGCUGUCAUAACCAGAGCCAAGAUUAUAAUGCAAUUAUUGUGGAUGUUAAAGGAUGAGAACGACGAAAAUUUGAACUGGGAUCACCCAGUCCCUUCGACGGUGGGUGAGACCUGGCGAUGUUAUCACCGACAACUACCGCUAUUGAACGAAAUACGCAUUGAACGCUGCGUGAUCAUACCCGAUGCGAUCCUCGUCGAGAUACAUUGUUUCUCAGAUGCGUCCGAGAAGGCAUAUGGAGCAUGUGUCUACAUAAAGAGCAUGGAUUCGAGUGGAACUAUUAGGGUCAGAUUACUGUCGUCCAAAUCAAGGAUAGCUCCGAUGAAAACCCAAUCCAUCCCGAGAUUAGAGCUUUGUGGGGCACUUCUUGCGGUUUUACUGUACGAGAAGAUUCGUGAUUCGACGAGAAUAGCAGCGCAAACGUUUUUCUGGACGGAUUCAACGGUUUCGAAAAUCCAAACGAUAUCCAUUGGCUGUCAGUGGAGACACGUGUCAGGAGCUGAGAAUCCUGCGGACCUCAUUUCCAGGGGUAUAUCUCCUGAGGACAUCGUUGAGAACAAGGCGAUCCCGGAAGAAAAUAUAGAAGCAGUUCCCAGUAAUCGUUUGAACAAAUGGCAGUUGAUUCAAAAACGUCUACAGGAUUUCUGGAAGAGAUGGCGCAGAGACUAUUUGGCACAGCUGCAAGGGAGAAUGAAGCGAUGGAAACCACCUGUGUAUAUCGCAGUUGGCAAGCUGGUGAUCAUUCAGGAUGACAACCAGCCCCCUAUGCGUUGGAAAAUGGGGAGGAUUGUUGAGGUUCACCCGGGGGACGAUGGAGUUGUGCGUGUUGUGACGCUCAAAACUUCUUCAGGUAUAAUGAAGCGUCCGGUGGAAAAACUGUGUAUGUUACCAAUUGAGGAUCGUGAUAAUUAA